AUGGGUCUCUCCCCUCCCGAGGUUAAUGUUACUCGCUGGUGGUCCAAGCAACCACCAGUAGACGGCUACUGGGGUCCCUCAACAUCUUCUAUCGAUUGGUGUGAAGCAAACUAUGCCAUCACCAGAUUCAUUGCCGAAUUUGCGAACACGCUCUCGAAUUUGGCCUUUUUCGCUUGGGCUUUCUACGGAGUGAAAAAAUGCAGAGACGAAAAACUGCCACUUCCACUUGCGCUUUGUCAGGUAGGAAUCGCAUUGGUAGGCAUCGGAAGUUUCAUGUUUCAUGCCACAUUACAUUACGAAUGGCAACUAGCAGACGAGCUGCCGAUGAUCUUCAGUUCCGCAUUCACCACCUACGUUGUAUUUGAUACCGGUCGCGCAAGUCUACCCCGGAGCCGAUUUGUUCGCAGCCUACCUUUCCUCCUCUUCCUCUACUGCUCCGGCUUCACCGCCAUUUACCUCCGCCACCCCAAUCCGGUCUUCCUGCAAGUCGCAUUUGCUGCCAUCCAACUAACUGCUAAUUUUCGCGCAGCUUAUACCAUCUGCACAGCUCCGGUCAAAACUUGCAAAGAGCAGAAGAACAAGGCUCAGAUCAUACGCUACCUGUCCGCCGGAUUUUUCACCACCCUCAUUGGGUUCUUGAUCUGGAAUGUUGACAAUAUAUUUUGCGAUCGCAUCUCGCACCUCAAACAACAUCUGGGUAUACCCUGGUCAUUCGCUGUGGAAGGGCACGCCUGGUGGCAUCUAGCCACGGGCACUGGUGCAUAUCUGAGUACGGUCGGAUUGCAAUUGAUGUCAGUGAGCUUCAAAGAAGGCGCAGACGGCUUCGAGAUCAAGCGCGGCGGGAUCCUCGCUCUCUGCCCAUACGUCGCCCGAACUCUCACCAACAUGCACUCCAAGCUUGAUUAA